GUGGGUGACAGAAACUGUGAGAGAGAGGGGUCAACCCAAAAGGAGGAUGGGAACCCACGUGACAGGAUGAGGGUGGGAGAUAUUGACACGCGGACAGGCAGGGCCACGUGUCUUCUGCCAGGUCUCCCUGACAGGGACAGCUGCAGCCUCCUGGGUAACCUGAGCCCCCCACCCCCUUGAUGUAUUUAUAGCCUCGGCCUGGCCCCGUCCCCUGCCCCCAGAUCUGAGUUCCAGGAGGUCAUGGGUGCGUGUGCUGGGAGCAGGGUUCCUUUCACCCUUCUCCAAGGCCUUUGUCUCGGCAUCCACUCUCUCAGCAAAUGAUCUCAUUCUGGCCAAUAGCCCCCCAUAAUCUAAUUCUCAACCCUUCCAUGGAAGGGGUCUUACAGCUCACAUAAGUCCCUCCCGCCUCCAGAUGCCCCAGGCUCACGCGACCUGGCCCACUAAAAGUCUAAUCAUUGUCUUCACAGUUGCCAAACAUGAACUAGUUGGUGGUCCAAAGUCAAGUGCCUGGGCUCCCCUCUCCUGGCUAAGGAGGGACCCCUUCACCCACCCGUCCCCAGCAGGGAGGAGGAGCAGCAGGAGGGGAAGGGCAGGCAGACCAACCCAGAAUAACUCAGGGCUGAGAGUAAAUUUAGCCACAGAGAGGGGAGGGGAGAGACCCUAUUGGCUGGGAAGUGGGAGGGAGGGCCCACGAGGGGGGUCGAGGGGCUCCUGAGAGUGCUUCACAGGGGUGUCCAGAGCCUGGAGCAAGGGCCAGAGGAAGGCGGACAGGCAAAGACAGAAAGAGACACGGCAAAGAAAAGACACAGAGAGAAAGAAAGAGAAAGACCCCAAAAGAGACAAGGACCCCCGACAUUUAUUCGCAUAGCCGCAAGUGGCAGCUGGAGCCAGCCUGAGAGAAAGUCUGCUGCCUGUCCGUCCCCAUGGGCCACUGUGGGCCAUGGACACGCACUUGUCUCCUCUGGGCUGCCGUGGCCGGCCUGCUGCUCCCCGGCGCCAUGACCCAGCAGCUGAGAGGGGGUGGGCCGGGCCCCAGCAACUGGAACAGCAAUGCAGGAGUCGUGGGGCUGUCAGAGGACGCGUCAGGUGAGUUUGGUCCUCUCACCCACGGCCGUAGCGGUGAGAACGAGGAUGCUUCCACAGAGAGUGGGCAUCGAUUCUGGAGGCACAGAGACCACGGAGAAGAGCACGAAGACGUCUCCAGGGAAUACGGUCACCAACUCCAAGGCCACAGGUACCAAGGCCAUGAGGUCGAAGAUGAGAAUGUCUCUGACGAGGAGGUCUUCACAGAGCGUGCCGGGCAGGCCCAUGGGCACAGAGGCGAUGGGAACGAAGACGUGGACGAUUCAGCCGAGACCCGGCACCACUACCCCAGCCGCGGAAGCCACGGCCAUCAAGACGAGGAUGAGAACGAAGUUGUGUCCAGUGAGUAUCAACAUCAUGUCAUCAGGCAUGUACACCGAGGCCACGGAGAGGAAGAGGAUGAUGAAGAUGAGGAGGCGGGUGUUUCUGCUGAGUAUGGACACCUGGUCCACAGUCACCAAGGCCACGAAGAAGAAGAUGACGACUCCGAUCACUAUGAACACCAAGACCACGGGCGACGAGGCCAUGAAGAAGAAGAAGAUGAUGGCUCCGAUGAGUAUGGACACCAGGCCCACAGUCACCAAGGCCACGAAGAAGAAGAAGAAGAAGAAAGUGAUGACGUCUCUGAGGAGUACGGACACCAAGCCCAUAGUCACCAAGGCCAUGAAGAAGAAGGUGACAUCUCCGAUGAGUAUGGACACCAGGCCCACGGGCACCGAGGCCGUGGGAAGGAAGAGGAUGAUGUCUCAGAGGAACACCACCAUCAUGUCCCCAGCCAUGGAUAUCGAGGCCCCGAAGACAAAGAAGAUGAGGAUGAGGAUGUGUCCACUGAACAUUGGCACCAGGUUCACAGACAUACCCACCACGGCCUUGGAGAGGAGGAGGAGGAGAUCACAGUCAAGUUCAGCCACCAUGUUGCAAGUCACCAACCUGAAAGCCACGAGAGCUCUGAAGAGGAGGACUUACCAGAUGAGUAUAAAACAGAAGUCCCUGGCCAUCACCACCACAGGGUCCCCAAGGGGGAAGAUGAGGACAUCUCUGCCGAGCUUGGCCACCAAGAUCUCAGCCAUAGACAACAAGGCCACAGAGAUGAAGAAACUGGCCACGGAGUGUCCAUUAAAGAGAUUAGCCACCAGCCCCCAGAAUACACAGGGGUCGAGUCGAGGAGAGAUUUGGAGGAGAGAGAUUCUGAGGAGGAAGAGGAAAUGGAGAAGGAAGAAGAUGCCGGCUCCCAUGAGGAAGAUGAUGAAGGUUCAGAGCAGAGCAAAGAAGAUACCCACCAUCGCAGCCUGGACCAGGGGGAUGAGGAAGAUGAGGAGGAAGGUCAUGGCCUCAGCCUGAGCCAGGAGGAGGAGGAAGGAGAGGAGGAAGGGGAGGAGGAAGAGGAGGAAGGAGAGGAGGAGAGGAAGGAAGAGAGGCCUGAGGUUCAAGACCUCAGAGAGGCACCGAGCCAAGACCACCGGGAGGAGGAUGAGGAGGAGGAGCUGCAGGAAGACCAGCUCCCCUUCACCAUCAUCCCCAAUCCACUGGCCAGGAAGGAGGUGGCUGAAGGCGGCUCCAGUGAGGAAGAUGAAGACACAGGUCCACAGGAUGCCCAAGAGUACAGGAACUACCGGCCAGGGUCCCUGUGUGGCUACUGCUCCUUCUGCAAUCGAUGCACUGAAUGUGAGAACUGUCACUGUGAUGAGGAGAACAUGGGAGAGCACUGUGACCAGUGCCAGCACUGCCAGUUCUGCUACCUCUGCCCUCUGGUCUGCGAAACUGUCUGCACGCCAGGAAGCUACGUCGACUAUUUCUCCUCGUCCCUGUACCAGGCCCUGGCGGACAUGCUGGAAACUCCGGAACCCUGA